AUGUCUUUUGUAAAUAUAUUAAGGCCAAUAUUUUAUUCAAUAAUCAGAUUUUUUGCAAAAAUAAUAUUCACAGUAUUUUAUCGUGAUUAUGGUGCAUUUCAUUCUGAAAAUUUUCCACCUAAUGACGGAACACCAUCAUUAUUUAUUGCUGCACCGCAUGGAAAUUUUUUAAUGGAUGCAAUUACAGUAUUUGUUUCAUGCCCAAGAAACAUGUAUUUCCUAAGUGCAAAAUCCAAUUUUAAUUAUCCAAUUUUUGGAACAAUCAUAACAUUACUUGGUUGCAUACCUGUCACUAGACCACAAGACGUUGAAAGAAUUAAUGGGGAUGGUGUGGUGACGGUGAUCGAGGAAGGAAAAGUUGUCACUGGUCAAGAUCUAGGCAAAAUACUUACUGUUGGUGAUAUGUUGUAUGUUGAAUUUGAAAGAUUAGAGAAUAAUGAUUUAUUAAAGGAGGCAAGUGGGAUAGUAGAACAAAUAAUUGAUGAUAACACUGUCAGGAUAAAAGAACCUGGGAUGAAAUGGCUUACUAAAGGUAGAAAAAAGGGAAAUUUUAGAAAAUUGGUAGAGUACGGCAGUGUCUUUGUAAGAGUGGAACGUGGCAACACUCUUAAAACUUUGGAAGGACUGAAUUUCAUACCUAAAUCUGUCAGUUCAAGUCUGAGUAAAAGUUUUGAUAAAUUUUCAUCAUCACCUGGAAGAUUGCCUUUUCAAAUUCAUGAUGAACUUGAAUCAAUUCCUGACAUCGUGAUUCAUCCUAACGAUCCAGCUGCAACUGAAACAACUCCUUUACUUUCUUCAGAAUCUAGCUCUUCUUCUCACAAUAAUCUUAAUGUCAAUAAUAAUCCUUAUCACAAUAGACAAUCCUCGUCAAGAUCUUUACACAGAUCAUCAAAUUAUCCAAUAGUUCCCAACAUUCCAACAACCUAUUCUUACACACAUACGCCACCUCAUUCUGAAGUUUACUCAUCUGUAUACAGUCAUUUUUCACAAUCACAUUCUGUGGCUAUUUUCCCGGAAGGAACUUCACAUGAUAACGCGCACAUGUUAUCUUUAAAAUAUGGAUGUGCUGUUAUGAGUUUGGGUUACCUAUCAUCCACGGAACCUGAUGCCAGUGGAAAACCAAGAACUCUUAGAUUGGUUCCGUGUGGAUUAAAUUUUUUCAAUCGGCAUCGAUUUAGAAGUCGUGUAUUUGUUGACAUUGGUAAAACAAUUGAAAUAGAACAAAGAUUGAUCGAUAUGUACCGUAAUGGUGGAGAAGAUAAACGUUUAGCUUGUCAAGAACUUUUAACAAAAAUACAAAAAUCACUUUCGGAAUUGACUGUUAAUGCACCCAAUUAUGAUACUCUUGUAUUUUUCAAAAUGGCAUCAAGAAUAUAUCGUGAAAAAUUAGAAAAAAAUUUGAAUUUUCCCGAGAAAUUGUCAUUAUUACGAAAAAUAACAAAGAAUUAUACAAGUAAGAAUCCACCACCUGAUGAAACAAGAAGAUUAAAAAGAGAUGUUGUUUUGUAUUCACACGAGCUUCGUAAACACAAGUUAUCAUCAUCACACAUGAACACAAAACCUAUCAGUUUGUUAUUUUAUCUACCACUUUUCGUAAUAUUAUUCUUACUCACAAUACCAGGCUUAAUACUUUAUGCGCCUAUUGGAUUGGUGGCAAGAUAUGUUGGAAAAAAACAAGGCGAGAAUGCAAUGUUAUAUGAUGACAAUUCAUUGGCAAUAACAAGAUGGCCAGGAAGAGACGUGAUAGCCACUUGGAAAAUGAUGACCGGAACUGUGCUAUUUUUAACAUUUGAUCUAAUCUACUCAAUAUUAUCUGUUCACUUUUUACGGGAGUUUGGAUUGGUCGAAGUGCAUAAUCGCAAAGAAGUAUUUUUAUUAGGAUUGGUGAUUUUCUUUUUUUUCUGGACCACGGUUGGGUAUGGGACGAUUUUGUUGUGGGAAAGGAUGUGUUGGGUUGGUAAGAUUGUAUGGGUUGGUGCAUGGAGUUUGUUCAAACGUAAGCAAAGAUUUUUGCUUGAUUCUUGGCGAGAAGAUUUAUCUGUCAGAAUUUGUAAAUGGGUUGAAAGUUGGGAUAGUAAUAAUGUUGAUAGUAAUAGUAGCACUUCUUCCUUCACGGUUUAUUAG